CCCCCAUCCUCCUCCUCCUCCCUCCUAGCAGAGAGAGCAGCGGUGCACCAGUGUGUGUCCAUCGUCUGCCGGACCGUUAUGGCAAAUGAAGGGGCUCCGAACCGGGGAGGACCCUCCAGCGCGCGCAGUGCCCCCCUCACCUCGUCCCUGGAGCUGAGCUCGUCGCUGGAGCACAGCGUGCAGACGCGGAUCUUUAAGAUCAUCGUGAUCGGGGACUCCAACGUGGGCAAGACGUGCCUAACCUUCCGCUUCACCGGCGGCUCGUUCCCGGAGAAAACCGAGGCCACGAUCGGGGUGGAUUUCAGGGAGAAGGCGGUGGAAAUCGAGGGCGAGAAGAUCAAGGUGCAGGUAUGGGACACUGCCGGCCAGGAGCGCUUCCGCAAGAGCAUGGUGGAGCACUACUACCGCAACGUGCACGCUGUCGUCUUCGUCUACGAUGUCACCAAAAUGGCCUCUUUUGAGAACCUAAAGACCUGGAUCCAGGAGUGCAAUGGGCACCGUGUGUCACCCAGUGUGCCCCGUGUCCUGGUGGGCAACAAAUGUGACUUGGUGGACCAGAUCCAGGUGCCCUCCAACACUGCCCUCAAGUUUGCAGAUUCCCACAACAUGCUGCUGUUCGAAACGUCGGCCAAAGACCCAAAGGAGAGUCAGAACGUGGACUCCAUUUUCAUGUGCCUGGCCUGUCGCCUGAAAGCCCAGAAGUCGCUGCUGUAUAGAGACGUGGAGAGGGAGGACGGGAGAGUGAGGCUUAGCCAUGAACCUGAAACUAAAAGCUCCUGCCCCUGCUGAGGACCUUAACUGUGAAGCCCGACAACUCGUGUCCCACCCCCUGUUUGGACUGAAGAGGGACUAACGCUAAAGGUUGUGAAGAUGGAAUGUGCCUGCAACUAAUGACAUUUUACCCUUAGUGGUUGUGUGACUGUUCCGUGAGCCUUGUGUUUUUGUUUGCCUGGUUUGUUUGUCUGUGUGUAUGUGUGUGCAUUCUCUAUUUCCGGGUUUUAUCUUGUCAAUCACAAUCCCUUAGAAAUCAUUUUGUAAGUUUCAUCUAGUCACUCAACACCCAAACAGCAUCCAGCUGUAUGAACCACUGAUUUGGAUUCAUCUUCCAGCAUACAAUCAACUCGAGCUUACUGAGCGCAAUAAGACAUACCAUAUCAAAACACAAUUAUUUAUUCAUAUGAAACUCAAUUUACACGCAGUCAGGAACUGCAUAGAAAAUUGAGUCACUGGCUUCCAUGUAGGUAUUGCAUGAGCUGUGUAUUUAAUUGCACAGUGGAAGGCUUUCUUGAUAGCCAUUCCAAUGUUUGUAUGCCUUAAUAUUUUGGAGCUUUAAUCGUAAAGUGUUUAACGUGUAUAACAAUAAACGUCUUUGUAGCCAUGCAAUAUCGGCCACCACUCUUUAGACAACAGUAAAUUAUUCACUAGCCCUUAAUACGUGCAUGUUGUCUUAUCAUGAUUAUUGCCAUGUAUGCAGGAGUGAGAUAAGAGUGGAUGUUAUGGAUGAAUGGAAAGCCUACAUCAUUUCCUUUGGGAUAUAUUCAAGAAAAAUAUUGAUUUACUACGCAACUCCACAACCAAACAUACAGUAAGUGAAUAAUUUAAGGUUUUCCAUAGCGGCAAGAGGAUAACUUGUUUCUAGCUGCACUUGAUUGAUCACUAAUGUCAUACUCUUUUAAUAUUUCAUGUACCUAAAGGGAACCAUGACUGUACGCUUCAACAGUAUUAUUCAAAUAUGUUGUGUGAACCAGGCCAUACUAUAUUUAUUAUUAAAAAAAGAUAAAAUCA